AUGGCAGCGACGGUCGCAAGCCACCCUUCGGAGGAUACGAUGGCAAAGGGAACUGGUAGGCCGACCCCAACUUCUGAACAAUACCAGCGGAAAUUCCAGAGUAUAUACACGAGAUACUUGGAGCAAAUAGAUGCCGACGAUGAAAAUAGCGAGGAAGAUGAUCAAGAAGACGCGAAUUAUACCACAGAGAAUUUCAAUAAUAAAACGAGGCAAUUAUUUAUAUCAGCUGGGAUCCAAGAUGAUCCCAGUGAUCAAAGGGAUUUAUCACAACAACUACAGGAUCUGAUAUCUAGUAAUUCAGAGUUGGGUUCUCGUCUACUCUCCCUCCUGUUAGUAAGCAGCGGGAAUGCUAAGGAAAUCAUAUCUGCAGUAAACCAGGGUGACCUCGGUAAACUGAAGAAACUAGAUUUGAAGAAAAACGGUAAAAAGCCUGAAGACAGCAAAAAAGAUGUUUCGCAAUACACCGAGGAACAACUCAACGAAUUCAAGCGUAUCGAGUUGGAGAAAAGACGUAAAAAUACGGAGGCUUCAGCUAGAUUCCGCAUACGUAAGAAGCAAAGGGAACAAGAGAAGUUAGCAAAGCUCAAACAGUUAAAUUCACAGAUUUCAGAGCUUUACGUUACGAUCGACAAGCUUUUGGAUGAAAACAAGUUCUGGAAACUAAAAUUAGAAGAGGUUAAUGAGAGGAAAUCUAGAGAACUUCUUGACAGCAUCAAAAAGCGCAGGAUAAAUGAUGAUUAA